CAGCCCUCCACACUGCCCUGCCUUCCACCUCCUGCUCAUCUUCCUUCGGGAGCUGUCCACUAUGGUGACAGUGCGCAGGCCGUGGUCUGCCAGGGCCACAGUGCUGCUGGCCCUGCUCGCCUGCUUGGGGGCGCUGGUCGAAGCCUACCCCGCCAAACCCGAAGCUCCUGGCGAAGACGCCUCCCCCGAGGAACUGAACCGCUACUACGCCUCCCUGCGCCACUACCUCAACCUGGUCACCCGGCAGCGGUAUGGGAAACGCGAAAGCCUGGAUGCUCCCAUCUCCAGACUGCUCUCCAGCGACCACGAGGCCCAUCCUGCCAGGGCGCUCCCCUUCAUUCCCCGCGACUGAGCACACAUGCUGGGCCCUGGAGGGGCCUGGCUCACGGAACCCCGCCCUGGCGCCUUCACUCACCACUUCUCCCAGCUUCGUCUCCCCAAAUCGAAUUCUUUCCUGUUCUUCGAGCAGGCCAGAAGGUGCUUACCCGUGGUAAAGAACCCCUGAGCCUUCUGAGAGAUGUGCGAACCACACAGAUCAUUGGUGUAUC